AUGUCUUUGUGCCGACAGAACUACCCGCCGGAAUGUGAAGCAGGAGUCAAUCGUCAGAUCAACCUAGAGCUGUAUGCAAGUUACGUUUACCUGUCAAUGGCUUACUAUUUUGACCGAGAUGACGUGGCUCUCCCUGGUUUCCACAAAUACUUCAAGAAACUCUCUAACGAAGAAAGGCAGCAUGCCAAGAAACUCAUGAAGUACCAGAACCAGCGAGGCGGCCAGAUUCUUCUGCAUGACAUUAAGAAACCCGAUGAAGACGUUUGGGGAAAUGGGCUAGAAGCCAUGGAGACUGCACUAAGGCUGGAAAAGCAUGUCAACCAGUCACUGCUUGAGCUGCACAAUAUUGCAGAGAGCAAGAAUGAUCCCCAGUUUGAAGACUUUCUGGAGGAUGAGUUUCUUACAGAACAAGUGGAAGCCAUCAAAGAGCUUUCUGACUACAUAAGGCAACUGAAUCGCGUAGGUCCUGGGCUUGGAGAAUACAUAUUUGACCAAGAAACCUUGCAAGAACGUAAAUGA